AAUGACGGAUCAGGUAUUUGAUGGACAUGGUGGAAAGCAUGCUGCUGAUUUUGCUUGCCACCAUUUACCAAAGUUCAUUGUUCAAGAUGAUGAUUUCCCAAGUGAUAUUGAGAGGAUAAUUGCUUCAGCAUUUCUGCAAACUGACAAUGCCUUCGCAGAAGCCUGCUCUGUGGAUGCUACCCUUGCAUCUGGCACUACGGCGUUGGCUGCUCUUGUUAUUGGAAGGCAACUGGUGGUAGCAAAUGCUGGAGAUUGCCGAGCUGUGCUGUGUCGGCGUGGAAAAGCAAUUGAAAUGUCAAGAGAUCAUAAACCUGUGUGCAUGAAAGAGAAGAAGCGUAUUGAGGCAUCUGGGGGGUAUGUCUAUGAUGGAUAUCUUAAUGGACAACUCAAUGUUGCUCGUGCUAUUGGCGAUUGGCACGUGGAAGGGAUGAAAAGCCGAGGCGGGGGACCACUCAGCGCAGAACCUGAGUUUAUGAGUACAAAACUCACCGCCGAGGAUGAAUUCCUCAUAAUUGGUUGCGACGGGAUUUGGGAUGUAUUUAGGAGCCAGAAUGCAGUAGACUUUGCUCGCCGCAGGCUUCAGGAACAUAAUGACCCCACCAUGUGUAGCAAGGAUUUGGUUGAUGAGGCUUUGAAAAGAAAGAGUGGAGACAAUUUAUCUGCUGUUGUAAUUUGCUUCCAGCAACAACCUCCGCCUAACUUGGUGGUGCCGCGCUCGAGAGUGCACAGGAGCUUCUCCCGCAAAGGCUUGAGGGAGUUGCAAAGCUUCCUGGAUAACUUAGGUAAUUGAGCUUUUGAUGUUAAAUUUUCUCUUUUUUUUUUUUNGGAACUAAGAUUCAUUUGUAGGUGUAGAUUGAGAAAACUUUGACUGUAAAAUAUGCGGCAUCUAGUCGACAUUUUAAUUUUUGUGUUAGUCAUUUGGUGAUUGGCAAUGUAGAAUUAUUGGUUCAUUCUUUUUUCUUUUAAGCAUAAACAAAUCCAAUGAAUGAAUACAUAUUUGAGGGCUUGUUUGGUUCUUAGUUCUGACUAUGAGAGGCAUUUCAUAGCAAUGAAUUUGUACUCUCUUGAAAUGGGAAAAAUAGUUGUA